AUGCCCGCCCUCGACAGUCAGCUGUACACCUACUCGGAUAUUCGGCGAGCAGUGGAUGGCGAGAAACGACCUGACUGGAUGCUGAAGGCCGACGAUGCGACUGCCGCAGUGUACAGUGAUCCUGACAAAGAAGACCUGUCCUGGAUCGCUAUCUCGCGAGGCAAAGACGGGCUCUACGUCGGGGAGGGUGACCUGAACCACUUUACCUGGAAGCCGCUUCCCAGGGACCUUCACCGACCCCAUGCUCUCCUCUCCACUGAUCACACGGGGAGUUUCUGGAAGAGGAUGGGUCUUGCUCUGACGAAAGCGGAGUGCCUCGAAGUGACACUCAAGAUGAUGGAAGAGUUGUAUCGGCGUGAAAAGGGAACGACGGUCAUGAACGAUCCCCUUUUCGAUGAGGAAGACGGUGCCCUCCUCGUCAGGCGCACCAACUCUGCCCACCAAGUGUGCUCGGACGUGCUCAAGGCUUACACGGCGCUGGGCAUGAGCGAGACACUGUCCGGGGAAGCGUGGGCGGAACUCGUCUCUUACCUUCAUCCCCUCGGAGAGGAGAGCGCGGCAGAUGCCGACCAGCAGGCAUACACCGCCACAUGGUCUCCGAUUGAGCGGCCAGACCUCGUCCUGCUCACGAAAUACCUCUCGGCUUCCGCGGAGGAGUCUGACUCAGUAUUACUACCCACUCAUGCCCUUGUACUCAACCUGACCAACGCGGUCAUCGCGGCGCUCACCGUCACCGAUGGCCAGGACUACAAGUCCGGGAGCUCCACGCGGGUCCCUGCCAACCUCACUCUGGACUGCACGCCGCUGGUCGAGACUACGAAAGGCUCCGGAGCGUUCUCUUGGCUCACCGACGAGAUUGCCGCCGGUCACACAGUCGAGUCAACAGCUGCUCACGUCAAUCGGCUCUACGACAACGAGAUCGCGAGCCACGCACAUCUGGAUGAGAUGACGGCUCCCGAGACUGUGACGAUCCUUCACAAAGUCUGGGAAUGA